AUGAAUUUUUUUGGAAAUAAUGGGCCAAAACCUAAAGAUCAAGAUGUAAAAUCAUUGAUAGAUCUAGGUUUCAAAAAAGAGCAAGUCCUAAUUGCUUUAAAAACAACUAAAAAUGAUGUAUAAGAAGCAGCAAAUUUUCUAUUCUAGCAAAGUAAUAAAGAUAGCUCUGAAAACAUCUCAAACAGUCAGAGAGCAAAUCAGUAGAAAAAUCCGAAUGGGCAAUCUAAAUCAUAAAAUAUGUUUGAUGUAAAGUUUAAUAAUUCAUAUUACUAGGAGGAGGAGUACUUAAUGGCAUAAGUUAAAAGAGAUAGCCUUGAGCAGGCAAAAUUAGAAGAGAUGCGGUAUCAGAACAAUUAACUUAACUAGGAGCUGAUCAAAUUUGAGCCUCUUAAUCCCGAUUAAAGAGAAAGAAUUGGAACAGAACCAGUAGGCUUGAAAAACAUUGGAAACAGUAUGCUUUAAUAUUUCUUUACUUGUUUUUUAGCAUGCUAUUUCAAUUCUUUGAUCUAAGCAUAUUACUACAUACCAGAUUUUGCUUAGAAAAUAUUGAUCUCCGAAAAAUUCAUUAGUGACAAGCUAUCUUCAAGCAAUCUUUAGCGGCAGAAAGCUUGCGAUGUAUCAGCAAGAUAACUAGCCAUCUUAUUUACAAAGAUGGCAUUGACUAGAUAAAAAUAUAGUGAGCCGAGUGAUGUAUUGAAAUCGCUUGUUGAUGAUUUUGGUCAAUAAAUACAAUUGGGGGAGCAAAAAGAUAUCGGUGAGUUUAAUCUAAACUUUUUGGAAAGAAUUGAAGAAGGAUUAGGAGAGAGAUUAUAUGCGAAAAACAUUAUUGAAGAUCGCAAGGAUGAAAAAGCACAAAACUAAGAAGAUAAACUGAAUGGACUUGAUCCUUUAAAUCGAAAAUCAAGCAUAGCUGAUGAUACAACAGAAGUUGACUCAAUUCAGGAUUAUGCUGAUCUUGAUUAGCUUGACCAAGAAAUGCUUAAAAUCCGCAAUUCUGAGAGGAAAGAUACAGAUCUUUUGCUUAAAUCAGAGGUCCUUUCAGAUCAUUAAGACUUCCUAGUUAAUAAUUGCAGAAAAACUAUCUAUGAGAUGUUCUUUGGAAAGAUAAAAAGCAUUGUAAAGGUCCAUGCUGAUGACCAGACUAAGACAAUUACAGAAAAGAACGAGAAAAUGGGUCCUAUAAUGAUAGAUGUAGAUAAUUAUUCAAACUUGUAUGAGGCCUGGAAUGCCUGCCACAUUGAGUAAAUUGAUGAUUUCAAUUGUGAUGAAGUUUUCUUUGAAACUCCAAAGGAAAAGCCUAGAUGUAUUAAAGAAACUUGGAUCCAUGAUAUACCUCAGGUACUAAUGUUCACUCUUAAGAGAGUGAACUAUGACUAUAAGAAGCAGUAACUUAUCAAGAAUAACAAAAAGUUCGAAUUUGAGCAGACAAUUUAUGCGGAUAAGUUCUUACUUAAAAAUAAGGAGAAGGAUAAGAAUCUUAAUUAGAAAGUUGAUAAACUUUAUAGCUUGUAAAAACAGAUCAAAGAUUAGAUUUAAUCUCUUAAAAAUAAUAAUUCAGGAUUAGGACUGUUCGAAAUUUUAGAAAUAUCCAAGAACUAUAUUCAAGCUUAGUCAGAGAAGGAAAAGUCCAAAGAGAAAUUGGAAGAGUUUAAGAUGGAAAUAAUAAACUAAGAUGAUGUCAAUGAUGAUCAUAGUGAUACUAAAAUUGCACAGGUUUACGAAAACAAUAGCCCUCUACAUUAAAGCUUGAAAGAUAUAGAAAUAGCAGUUAAUGUAUUGAGCUUGUAUUAGAAUAAAAUCUAGCAACAAAUUUCUAAGUUAGAGGAUGAUUAAAAGCUUGUUGAUGAGUAAAUAUAACUAUAACAAAAGAGCUUACAGCAAGAAUCUUUCCAUCUGCAUGCUAUUCUUAUACACUAAGGGAAUGGAGAUGGAGGGCAUUAUUAUGCUUUUAUAAAGGACAGGAAAACUGAGAAAUGGUAUAGAUUUAAUGAUUAUAAAGUCUCUGAAGAGACUGAGGAAAAAGUAAUGCAAGAGAGUUUUGGUAAUGAAAAUGAAAAGACAAGUGCUUAUGGUCUCAUUUAUGUUGAUAGGCAACUUGCGAGAAAUAUGGAUAGGACUGAUAUGCAUGAUUACAAUAAAUAACUCCAAACUUAAAUAAGUUCAGAUUUAACAUAGAGCGUUAUGUAUCAAAACUAAAUCUUUGAGAAGUAGUUGGAGUAGUCAAAGAUUGUUUCAAUUAUCGCUAAGAUUAAAGAGAUGUACUCCCAAAGGAUGGACAAAAUCACAUAGUUGGUAAAUACAAAUGAUCCUGCUUUAAAUGUAGAACUUAUUAACAUAAACUUGUAUCUAAUAAAAAAGGCUAACAAAGUUCAACUGGCAAAAUGGCUAACAUUGAACCAAAUCUUCAAAGAAUAUCAUCCAAAGAAAUUAGAUCUGGCUUAGAUAGACAAAAACGAUAUGAUCUACAGAAGUCUUGGCGUCUCAUUUGAACCUAUUCUAAAAAGUAUUAAUCCUCUAGUUAAUGAUGAACUUAAAAGAUAUCUUACUUCUUACAAGCUAUAAUCAGCAAAGGCUUGGAUGUUGAGAUAUGUUUUAAAAAAUCUAACUGAAAAAGGUUGGUAAUAAGCAAUUAAGAUUAUUAGAAACUACAAAGAUAAGUUUAUUAAGAAUCAGGUGUUGGUUGAAAGCGACUUCGAGACUUCGAUUUUGCUUGAUGUUAACAGAACUUUUAUGCUGUAUUGCUGUCAAUGCGUCAACCGACACUUGAUGCUGGGCAACUAUGAUAAAAUGCUUGAAUUCUUAAAGAUUGUUGUUAUUAAUUGUGUGCUAAUCAUAGACCCUAAGGACAAUCACUUUAAGCAAGCUGAAUAGUGUGCUCGAUAUGCAUUUGAGAAAGUGAAAAUGGUAGCUGACGAUUCUACUAUCGAGAAGUUUGAGCUAUUAUACCUAAUCUUAGAAGCAAAAGAUGAGAGUCUAAUUGAGCCAGAGUAUCUUACCACUGAAAUUCCAAAGGUAUAAUCAAUAAAUUAAUCAUUUGUAGGAAUUGGAAGUAUCAAGAUAUUUAAAGAGCUUUACUUCCAUGCAAUCAAGAUUCAUAACUAUAUUCUUAAAGAGAAAAGAUGCCUUACCAUAGAAGAAUGGACCAAAAGAGAUGAAGAAAUAGGAACAAAGAUAACUAAUCUUGUUAAGCCUGAACUUUAAGGAGGAGGAAAUAUAAAAGAUAAAUGA